AUGGGUUGUGUUUCUUCAGAUGUAAAAAUAGUCUAUUUAUAAAUAAGAGUGCCAAUGAAAAUAAUUAUGAAAAUGCACCUAAGGCUGAAGUUAUUUUUAUAUUGGUAUUUUUACUUUUUAUCAUUUUUAUAUAGGGAGGACCUGGAUCAGGUAAGGGUACACAAUGUGAGAAGAUGGUUAAAGAUUAUUGCUUUUUUCACAUUAGUGCCGGAGAUUUACUAAGAGCUGAAAGAAAGAAGGGUAAAAUUUAUAGACUAAAUUAGGUGGACCUGAUGCGGAAGAAUUGGAAAAUAUUAUGAGAGAAGGUAAAUUAGUUCCUUCGGAUAUUUUGGUAAAGUUAAUCAAAAAAGUAUAAAGUUUUAUAAUUUGAGGAAAUUGAAUCCUUGGGGAAUACAGGAAGAUAUAUAUUGGAUGGAUUCCCACGAUCAUAAGAUAAUUGGGAAAGUUGGACCAAAAUAAUUGGAAAUUCUGUAGAAGCAAGAUUUUUGUUAAUGUUUGAAUGUUCUGAGGCCGUAAUGGAAUAAAGGCUUUUAAAGAGAGGAGAAACGUCAGGUCGAGCAGAUGAUAAUGUAGAAACAAUAAAGAAAAGAUUUGUUACUUUUAUGAAUGAAACCUAACCCAUCGUGACAGAUUUCGAGAAGAAGAACAAGGUUGUUAAGGUUAGUGCUGAAGCAUCACCAGACGAAGUUUAUGAAAAUGUCAAAAAGGCAUUAACCAAUAAUGGUGUUUAACCAUAAAAACGACCUGAAGUGAUAUUUGUUUUAGUACAGCAUAUUUUAAUUUCAAGGGAGGACCAGGUUCAGGCAAAGGAACUUAAUGUGCUCGAAUUGCUAAAGACUUUUAAUAUGUUCAUUUAUCGACUGGAGAUCUAUUGAGAGAAGAAUAGAAAUAAGAAGGGCCAAUUUAAGCUGAAUUAAAAACAAUUAUGGAAGCAGGUAAGCUUGUGCCAUCUGAUCUUGUUGUAAAAUUGAUAAAAAAAGUAAUUUACACAUUUAAAAUCAUAGGAAUUAUUAAGAAGACAAUUUAAAGGGAAAUAUCUAUUAGAUGGUUUUCCUCGUAAUCAAUAAAACAUUGAUUCUUGGAAUAAAAUUUUAGCUACUUUAGUAGAUGUAAAUUGUUUGCUUUACUUUGAAUGUUCUGAUGCUGAAAUGACAAGAAGACUUUUGGAGAGAGCUAAAACAUCAGGUAGAGCAGAUGACAAUGAAGAAACUAUAAAAAAACGAUUAGCUACUUUCCAUUCUGAAACGAAACCUGUCUUGGGAAUAUUUAAAGAAUAAAGUAAGGUUAGCAAUUAUUUUUAGAUAAAUUGAAAGUGAUUAAUUCUGAAUAAUUAGUAGAUGUUGUUUAUUCAAAUGUUAAGAAAAUAUUUAAAACUAGUGGAUUAGCAGUUACACUAAAUGGUUAAAGACCUGCUAAAGGAAAAUACAUAAUCGGUUUAGUUGGCGCUCCUGGAACUGGAAAAUAAGUUCAAUCUUCAAGAAUAUCAAAAAGAUUUGGAUUUCAACAUUUGUCAACUAAAAUAAUAAUUAGGGAUGAAAUUAAGAAAAAUACAUAAGAAGCAUAAAAAAUUAAAGAUUGCUAAAAAAAUAAUCAACCUAUCCCAGGGAAGAUAGUUGUUUAGUUGAUUCUUGCUGCCAUUAAUUCAUCAAAAGCUAGAAAAUUCAUAAUUGAUGGGUUCCCAAGAAAUGAAGACAACUUAAAUGCUUGGUAUGCUUAAACUGAUCACCCUGUAAAAUUAAAAUAUAUCAUGUGUUUUGCAUGUUCUUAAGAAGUACUUGAUAAAAGAAUAGCAGGGGAUGUUGGUAAUUUUAAGAAUUAUUUAAUAUAGCCAAAAAAGACUAGGCUACUAUUUAAAGGAAGGUUGAAACAUUGAAUAAACAAACAAACUAGAUCAUUUAAAUGUUUAAGAAAGAUGAGAGACUUAUUGAAAUAAAUACAGAACCUUCAAUAGAUGAAGUAUUCGCUGAGAUUGAAAAGGUCUUCACAACCAAAAAACUUGAUAGAUGAGUCAUUAAGCAAUAUAAUAUCGAA